AAACAUCGUUCAAAUUUGAAUCGUUUACAGCGAAGGGGCUGAAAGCUGUCAAAUCUGUUUUCAGUUGACCGCAUAGUUUCCCACUAUUCGGUGAACGUAAUUGUGGUGACGAUGGGAGAAAAUAAUUACCUCUCGGCGUACAAGCUGAUAAACUCUCAACUGGUUUUGAGCAAUCAGAAGUUGAAGGAAGAAAUCAAAGAGAAGAUUGAAAUGAUCAACGAAAUUAAUGAAGAACUGUUCAAAUACAGAGAAGAAAACAAAACAUUGCGUGAUAUGGUACAAAAAUUGGUGGAACAAUUCAAAACUAUCACCACAAUAAUGGUAUCAGUACGAGAUCAGAGUGAAUCAGUUUUAAAUGUAGUUUUCAAACAGCACUCCUCGCGGGAGACUGAACAGCAGACUCGCAAACCGAUAGCGGCGUUAAUAUAUCAGAAACAUCGCGCCGAGUGUCCUCCGUACGUAGAUGAGGCGGCAAUCGCUGAAGCCGAGGAUGAGGACCAUUCAAUGGAGGACUACCGAACUGCACUUAAUGUGGAAGACGAGGAUAACGAUGAUGAUGAGUUCGAGACAGACCAAGUGCUCAGUUUUAAUUCACUGCCAAAAAGUCCACUCAUUAGGCGUUUGGGGCGGAAAUCGCGUAACCGUAGCUUUGACGAGUCAUUCGAGACGAUUGAUACGAACCGAGUGAUUAAGGCUGCUCGCAGAAGUCAGGAGUAUCUGUCAGGCAGAGAAUCCAAGGAUAGUAAGGACAGCGAGGAUGAUACCGGAGGUAUAGAGAACAUGGAUAUUAGUCAGACUGUUAUAGAAACGAAUCAUAUCGCGGAAGCGCAACCAAGUAUUGUAUCGGAAGAAAUGGAAGCUGACAACAGUUUAACGCUUCGGAACACACGAGUAGAAGACUAUUCAUCCACAAUGCCGAGCGAUCGUAGCGCUUUAAGUGAACGAGACACGACUUCCGAUCACGAUGCUGAACCGUUAGCACCGAAAUUUGAAGCAAGCAGUUUUUCCGAGCACUCUAGUGCUCCAAGUGACCAUAGUAUUCAGAGUGAGUUGAAUCCCCCAACCGACCAAAGCCUUCGACCCGUACUGAUGAAACGCAUGGCCAGUGAUUCGAUGUUAUCCACCAUUGUCGAUCGUGAAACGAACAAAGAGAAUACCAUCAUAAACGAUACAAUUUCUAAUGCGACCUGUUCGACUCCUCUGUCCAAACAGAGGAAGGGUAAACUUAAGAACGCCAACCAGCAUCUUCCACCGAUAUCUCCUGUCCCAUUGGUGCGUCUGAAACCACUGACCAAGGAGAACCUCAGUCAGCAUAACAUUUCCUACGAAUCCCUAUUUGGGAAAGAGGACAAAAGCCUCAAACAGGAGGAGUUGGAUCGGAGUGAUCAAACUAGUUUGGAAUCUAGCGAUUCAAAGAGGCCGCGACGGAGGGCUGCGCCCAAGACCUUGAAAGAACCAAGUUUAACGAGAAAGUUGAGACGGACCUAGUUCUUAGCUAUGCUGUUUAAUUGUAAAUAGUAUUAGCGCUAAUCACUGCUAAAAAAACCGUACAUAAGUGGCCGAAUCCACAUCCAGUGAAAGCUGAUUACGUUUAGUGAUAUUUAUAAUAGACUCAGAUAAAUAAAAUCCGGAUUCAUGUUUCAAUUGAUUAGGUUCGUUUUAAGUUCCUUUGUUUAGUCUGUAGGUAUAACGCGUCGCAUUUAGAGUUUUUAAUUCGAAUCACACACAUAAACAAGAUUACUUGGCUUAGGAUAAAAGGUGUCAAGCCAUCAUCUGAUUAUUAAUUACCGACGGUUUAAGUUGCACCUAUCGAAAUUAUUCAUACAGUUCAGAACACAGGCUCAAUCUUGCUUGUUAAAGUUGCUGACUUUAUAGACAAUAUUUCGAAUGAUUCAAGGUUGAUAAUAAAUGUCCGUGCCUGGGGACAUCGACAUCAGAGAAUCAUUAGAUUUAUGGACUACCGCUAGUCAAUGAUAGUUGCUUGGGCGCAUGGGUAUUUUUAUAUUUAACUAGCUGACUCGGCAAACUUCGUCCCGCCCAAAAUUUGUUUUUUUGUUAUCAAUUCAAACAUUCACGUUUUCUUACUAUGAACAAGUUCAUGGGUCCAAUCGCAGAACUGUUCAUUGAUUGAUCUUUUUAUUCGUCACCGUUGAUUUUACUUUUUACUAUUAAAUUCCUAGUAUUUCUAACAAAACUCAUCAUUAUAAUAUCAGAUUAUUUUCAGACACAAUUCUCGUUCA